CAAGUGCUGCUCCGUCUCGCCUCAUGGACGACUUUGCCUGCGUCAACGGCAACAUCACGGCCUCCGACGCGUCGGAGGCUGCUCCGGCGCUGAUCAUCGUGACGGGCCUCAUCGGCAUCGCGUUUUCGGUCUUCCUCCUCAAGCUCGUCUCGAGCAUCGCCCUCGACGUUGCCUCCAACAACGAGCCGCUCGUGGGCUCCGAGCCCAUCAACGGCGCCGACGUCGCCGAGCAAAACGCCCGCCUUCUCGAGCUGUACGCCGCCAUCACCACCGGCGCCAACGCCUUUUUGCGGUCCGAGUACAAGCUCUGCGGGAUCUUCAUCGUUCUCGCAUUCCCGGCGAUGUCGGUGCUGAUCGCUUGGGGCGACAAGGAGGACGGCAAGUGGGAGUGGAAGAACGGCUGGCUUUCCGGCGUCUCCUUUGUCGUCGGCGCCAUCACCUCGAUUGUGUGCGGCUACAUCGGCAUGCGCGUCGCCGUCUUCUCCAACGCGCGCUGCACCGUCGGCGCGUGCGACCCCUCCAAGGGGUGGACUCGCUCCUUCAACACCGCCUUCCGCGCGGGCGGCGUGAUGGGCUUCUCGCUCACGGGCAUCGCCAUCCUCGCGCUCUACAUCCUGCUCGCGAUCCUCCGCACCGCCUUCCCGGACAGCGACGAGGGCUACAAGCAGCUGAUGGACGUCGUCGCCGGCUUCGGCCUCGGCGGCUCGUCCAUCGCCAUGUUCGGCCGCGUCGGCGGAGGCAUCUACACAAAGGCGGCGGACGUGGGCGCCGACCUGGCGGGCAAGGUGGUGCAGGACCUGCCUGAGGACGACCCGCACAACCCGGGCACCAUCGCCGACAACGUGGGCGACAACGUCGGCGACGUGGCGGGCAUGGGCUCCGACCUCUUCGGCUCGUUUGGCGAGGCGAGCUGCGCCGCCCUCCUCGUCGGCGCCUCGUCGCCGAUGAUCGUCGCCGCCGGCUGGGGCGCGCUCAUGUUCCCGCUCACCGUCUCGGGCGUCGGGAUCGUCGUCUGCCUAAUCACAAACUUCGUGGCCACCGACCUGAGCCCGGUGCGCAAGGAGGCGGACAUCGAGCGCGUGCUCAAGACGCAGCUGCUCGUCUCCUCGCUGCUGAUGACGCCGUGUGUGUACGGCCUCGCGGUCGCCCUGCUCCCCUCCGCCACCUGCGGCGGCUGCACUGGCGGCUUCUACAUCGGCUCCAUCUGCUCGUCGCGCAUCAACGCCUUCUUGUGCGUCGCCUUCGGCCUGUGGGGCGGCUGCCUCAUCGGCUUCGUCACCGAGUACUACACGUCCUUCUCGUACUCGCCCGUCAAGGAGGUUGCCAACGCCUGCCGCACCGGCGCCGCCACAAACAUCAUCUACGGGCUCGCGCUCGGCUACAAGUCCGCCAUCGUCCCCGUCUUCCUCCUCUCGCUCAUUGUGUACGGCGCGCACACCCUCGCCGGCUUCUACGGCAUCGCGCUCGCCGCGCUCGGCAUGCUCUCCACCCUCGCCACCUGCCUCGCGAUCGACGUGUACGGCCCGGUCUGCGACAACGCGGGCGGCAUCGCCGAGAUGUGCGAGCUGCACCCGUCCGUCCGCGAGAAGACGGACGCGCUCGACGCCGCGGGCAACACCACCGCCGCCAUCGGCAAGGGCUUCGCCAUCGGCUCCGCCUGCCUCGUCGGCCUCGCCCUCUUCGGCGCCUUUGUGACGCGGCUGGAGGAUGCGGCGGGCGGCGACCUGCACGUCGACCUGCUCGACCCGAUCACCUUCGCCGGCCUGCUCGUCGGCGCGAUGCUGCCCUACUGGUUCUCGGCCAUGACCAUGAAGUCGGUCGGCAUGGCCGCCAACGCGAUGGUCCUCGAGAUCAAGCGCCAGUUCGACGCCAACCCGAACCUGCUCAUCCCCAACCACCCCGACCGGCCCGACUACGACACGUGCAUCAAGAUCUCGACCGACGCGUCGCUGCAGGAGAUGAUCGCGCCGGGCGCCCUCGUCAUGCUCUCGCCCGUCCUCUGCGGCGUCUGCUUCGGCACGCGCUGCGUCACCGGCCUGCUCGCAGGCGCCAUCGCCUCGUCGGUCCAGAUGGCGAUCUCGUCGUCCAACACGGGCGGCGCGUGGGACAACGCCAAGAAGUACAUCUCCAAGGGCGCGAUGGACGCCGUCAUCGGGGAGGAGGAGCCCGAGACGGUCGACAACACCGGCAAGGUCCAGACCAAAAAGUCGCAGAUCUUCAAGGCGGCCGUCACGGGCGACACGGUCGGCGACCCGCUCAAGGACACGUCCGGCCCGGCGCUCAACAUCAUGAUGAAGCUGAUGGCCAUCAUCUCGGUCGUCUUCGCGCCCCUCUUCCUCGCCAUCAAGGACGGCGACGGCCUCCUCGGCUUCGUCGUCCACGACAAGGACGUCGCGGCCGCGCACGACGCGGUCGUCGCCGCGACGCGGCGCCUCGCACAGGUGCCUGUCGCCUCGCCCGCCGGCGGCGGCGAGCUCGUCGCGAUGGCGUUCGGGCUCGUCGUCGGGGUCGGCGGCGUGCUCGCGGUGCAGCGCGCCACCGCGCCGCCUCGUGCCAAGGCCGCGAAGCCUGCCCUCGUCUGCCGGGCCGCGAAGGUGGAGGGCACGCCGGUCGAGCCGCGCCUCCUCGCGCACACCGCGUCGCUCGCCUGAGCGCGGCAGCGCGGUGGGCGCGGUGCAGGCGGUGCAAUCCACGACCAAGCUCUUCAAUGGCAGCCCGGAAAGCCCGAAAGCGUCACCACCGGCGGGUGUCUUGCUUUUUGCUGCAGUGCACUUUCGCUCGUGUGUGCUCUUAGCUGGUUAUGGAGUGCCGUGUCUCAUGUAACGUAGCUCUGUUGUGC